AUGCAGUCGUCACUCAUGCACACUGAUGAUCCUGCCACACAGCAAGCAUGUGAUACGGAGAAUGAGGUGGAGGAUAGCGAGAUAGAUGAGCAUGGUGGAGAAGCAUCCGAAAGCCCAGCACUGCUUCAAUCUGACCUUCCCGUUGAAAAUGAGAACUGGUGGUAUACAGACGGGUCCUACCACUUAAAGCAAACCACUAUGCCGAAACCCCUUCACUUUGCUAAGCCACACCACACCAUAGACCCUCUAGUCACAUUCAAGUCUAUGCCAGCACCCACACAUGUUACCUUGUCUCCAGGGCUGGGGAGGCUGAUGAGGAACACCAUGGAGAAUGGAGCUUCUACAGGGCAUGCGUAUGGGCUGCAAUUUGACGACCUGUUUAAAAUAGAUGCACAGGCUCGACCUCAUGUUGACAUGGACGCCCUUAUGAAAGAAAAACGGCUCAAGGUAACGAUGAACGCUGUGAGGUAUCCACGCCAAUCCGCCUAUCAGGUUGACGUCAAUGAUAGGGAUAAUAGUCUCUCCUCAGUGGCCACAGACGAGUCUUUUCAGCUUUGUGAAGACAAGCUCAACGAUGGCCAUAGUUAUGUGGAUGAAGAAUGUGAGGAAAAUCCGAACUAUGAAGUGACUUCGCACGGAGGGUCACAGCAUCUGUGUAGCGAUAAAGUUUCCACUCGCUUACUUUUGGAAGAGGUUGAUGAACACCUGAUGCACCUAAAGAGUCGGCUACGUACAAUGAGUGCCCGAGGAUUUACUUCAGCAGAUCGUCUCCAGGACGCUUCUUUUGGUAAAGGAAAAUAUAACGGAAACAAACGCCCCAAAUAUGACAGACUUACUAUCUCUAUGUCAGGUGCAGAUGGAACCUACGAGAUUAAUGGCCAGGACUUUGAAGAGGCGGUUCGGAUGGUCUCUAAGGCCCCACCACGCAAGUGGAAGAGGAUAACCCCUGAUGCUGCCAUGUUGGGUAAAAAUUAUUCAGCCCAUCCUACUCCAGAUGCAAUAGAGCUUUUGAACAGAAGAAUUCUCAAUGAGAUUGAUCGACGAGACAUCAUUGCGAUCAGCGAGUUACAGACACGUAAUCACAUCAAUGGUGGUGAAAAGCUAGCUAUGGCCACGAUUCCCAGGCAAGCAGGAGGAAGCAACACCGCAAUGAUCAAGCGGACAACAGCUCCGUUCAGGAAGACUGGAAGGCUCAGAGGACGGUCACUUCCUCUGACUAUAGCACGCGCGGCGGUGCAUGGGGAUUCAUCCGGGUGCAGGAUAACAUCAUAUGGCGAAGAGAUGGCCCCAGCUGCUCUAUUGAAGUCUAAAGCAGAAAGUAGGCCAUUCGAUUUUUCCAUGCUCUCUGGAGAGAUACGAUCUGGUCAGCGCACAUCUAUCACAAGGGUGGGGUGUCUUCCGCACAUAGCAGCAAAAUCAGAAGCCCCCUUAUGCAGACCCGUGACAGCACAGUCCAUUCGUUCAGGUCACACUGCUCGAGAUACAGCCACAGAAUCUAAGAAACAAAGCUCCUCCUUAGAUUUGGAGCCGCAGGUAACAUUGCCAGAAAAGAAUCUAACAAACAAACCACUUAUUUCUAUUCCAGACGAGACGUAUUAUGAACUAAACUUGUUGAAAAAAGAUGAUCUUGAUAUGACAGGAACCAACUUCGAUGCAAUAUCAAAUAUCUUAGCCCAGCUACGGGCUGAUGAGCAACACCUGGUUACUAUUUUACGGGACACGGAAGGUGUAAGGACAAAUUACCCCAUUGACGCGUGGCAUGCGUCCAAGGGAGGUCAAUUUUCUACGGGGCUAGCACAAACUAACUCGCUACUUUCUAUGCGCGCAGAGACACUUGAGAAAAUAGCACGGUAUCGGCAGCAGCUAGGAAUCAUUGAGCAAGAGGAUAUUGCGAAGGAAAAAUCUGUCGCAUUAUAUGACCAGAAGCCUCCUUCGGUAUAUGUUAAUGAGCGGAUGAACACGGUCUAUCCAGAUACUAAGUAUGUUUCUUUGAGCACUGGGGAUCAGCACAUUAAAGAUGACACAGACGCAGAGGCUUUGAUUCAAAGAAUACUUUCUAAAAACCUUUGUACCAAUGAGGAUGGUACCGUCGAAGCUAAGAAUACAGCUGUCGACGUGGCGAUUUAA